GACCCAACAUGGCGUUUUCAAUAACUGCACCGCUGCUGUUUUGUUUAGCAGCUGUUUCUUUGCAAAUUAGCUCCUCUCAGCUUCUAUCUGAGCCUUGUUACAAACCCAUCAGAGACGAGAGACCGGACUCUGUCAAGACAUAUGCACGCCCACAUGAGUAUGUGAAGGUGUCGGACCUUCCUCCAUCCUGGGACUGGAGGAACAUCAAUGGGAAGAAUUAUGUGAGCGUCACAAGGAACCAGCACAUCCCCCAAUACUGCGGGUCCUGCUGGGCCAUGGGAGCCACCAGUGCACUAGCUGAUCGUAUCAACAUCAAGCGUGGAGGAGUGUGGCCGUCGGCCUACCUGUCAGUCCAGAACGUGAUCGACUGUGGGAGGGCGGGCUCUUGUUACGGAGGAGAUCACCUGGGAGUCUACGCCUACGCACACCAGAAAGGCAUUCCUGAUGAGACCUGCAACAACUACCAGGCGAAAAACCAAAAGUGUGAGCAGUUUAAUCAGUGCGGCACCUGCUCCUUCUUUGAGUCGUGUGCUGUCGUGAAGAACUACACUAUGUGGAAAGUGGGCGACUAUGGAGAAGUUUCUGGAAGAGACAAGAUAAAAGCUGAAAUUUACACCAACGGGCCCAUCAGUUGUGCCCUGAUGGCCACCGCCACCCUGGAGAAAUACUCUGGAGGGAUCUUCGCAGAGUUUCACCCCCUGUCUUUGCCGAAUCAUAUCGUCUCUGUAGCCGGGUGGAGUGUGGCCGAGGACGGGACAGAGUACUGGAUUGUCAGAAACUCGUGGGGAGAGUUUUGGGGAGAACACGGCUGGGCAAGAAUAGUCACAAGCGCUUAUAAAGGAGGAAAAGGCAACUGGUUCAACCUGGGUAUUGAGAAAAAUUGUGCAUAUGGAGACCCUAUUGUAACAUAAAUGCCAAUUAAACAAUUUUUGUCAUGGU